AUGCUCGAUACCCAGCGCGUAAGGGCCUGGCUCGACUCCACCCCCGACGUGUACGAACCAGCGCAAACCCCCAAUAACAAAACCCACCACAAGCGAAAAGCUGCCCAGCAAGAACCCAGUCCGCCAGCGUCAGAUCAAGACUCCAACGCCAUGGACGGCACAACUCCCAAAAGACGACGUCUUGUUGAUCUGAAUCGUACCCCACGCGCUGUCGACUUUCCUCCUCCUGCUUCUAGCACCGGUUCAUCCAUGUCGUGGUCCGAGUCUGGUGAUGGAGCUUCUCGAUCGAACUCGCCAAAGAAACAAAUGCUGGGGUUGCGAUUAGAGGAGAGAGGGUUGGAGUGUCGACAAUUGAAUAUAGAUACUGCGCCUUCUGUUGUUGCUGGUCUUCUUGAUACGAUUCGGGAAAUCGGCAGUGGCAUUGAGAUACUUCCUUACGCACAGAAGAGUACCAUCCUGGAGAGCUCGCAGGUGCGAAGUCAGAAUACGAGACUCUGGAAGUUUGCGUUCAAGGAAGAGGGAGUUUUGGAUUCGCUACCUGGUCGAAUACCCUCACCAGAAGACGUCUCCCUCGUCUGCGACCUUGCGCGCCAUUGUCAUGACACCAGCCAUGAGGAGAUAGCAUGGAAUAUGGAGGUUCAUCACCGUCUUCUACAAUCCAUUCUAAGGGAGCCCAAUAACUCCACGGGAACACCUUUCAACUUCACUACAUGCACCACCGCGCGUCCGCAUCGACGAUUCGUGCCGUACUCGUCCACAGCGAAAAUGGUCGAUUUCUGCCUCUACCUCAAACCCACCGACUCCAUCGCCCUUCAAGCCCUCGGCCGCCGAACACCCACCCUGACUGUCAACCACACCGACUUCGCCCCUCUCCAACUCUCCCCCAUUGUUCUCAGCAUCGAGACUAAGCGUCCCGGCAAAGAACUCGACGCGGCGCAGCUGCAGAUGGGUGUCUGGCACGCAGCGCAAUGGGCUUUCCUACGCUCCGUAAUUGGCCUCACGCCGCAGCCUUUGACAGCGGAGGAAGAAGUGCUGCGAAAGGACAAGGCGAAUGCUGCAUUGGCGGAAUUGGGGUUCAUACCAGGUAUUAUCGUCCAGGGACAUCGAUGGCUAUUUGUCUUUUCGACGCUAGAGGGGGACAAGACUGUUCUCUGGACUGAGAGACAGUUUGGUACAACGCAGAGUAUCCUCGAUACGUAUGCGGUUGUUGCGGGGAUUAGGGAGCUGGCGAGAUGGGCGAGGGAUGUUUAUGUUCCUUGGUUCCAGAAGAGUGUCCUUGCAGGGUUUCAGCCUGACAAUGAGGUGGGUUGA